AUGUACGAGGCUUGGGGUCGUAAGAGCUGGAGCCAUGCCAAGCGGACGAAGAAGUCGCUGAUGUUUUUAUCGGAUGAAGGCCUUCCUCCAUCCUGCGCCAUUCGGCAAGGUCAAGGAGCCCAGAAGCCCGUCAUCCCCAUGACACGGCAGACCAGGCGGAGGUGGCCAGCAUUGGACGAUGGACAAAGGCGAAUGGGCUGCUGCUCGUCCAGGUCCGCGGAUGUGGUGGAGCCCCUACGGCCGCACGCCUUUGGCGCUGGCCCGACCUUGAUAGUCUGUGCCUUUGCUGAUGCACAGUCCUCGCGUUGGGAGCCGUUUGGACCUCCUGGGCUGCGGCUGUGGAGUUACGGCGAAUCUGGUCCAAGUAAAGCACAGGCCAUGGAGCUCAUGCGGUCCAUUUGUCUUCCACGGUUUCGCCCGCGUGGGCACCCUGGAGACCUGUUUCAGGCGCGAGCAGUCGAGAACGGCUUCCGCAACGUGAAGCUCCACCAUGGAGAUCAUGAGUUCAUGGGCUCAUACGUUCUUCAGGAUCAGCACCUGCAGGGUCUUGAUAUUGAGUUCAACUCCGUGAACAAGGCUGUUCAGUAUGCAGCCGAGAACCACUACACGCAGGUCGUCGUCCUGGAUGUUCAGACAGAGGAGGCGAUGGCAAGGGUGAUGGGAGACUGUUCAGCAUGUCCCCGCCGCGAAGGUUUUUUCGACCUUUCCGACACAGUGGUGGAUUGCAUGCUCCAUUGCCAAUGCGUGGGCUGCGGCACAGCGCUAUCUCCCAGGCGGCUGCACAUCGUGGGCCAUCGCUGGCGUAUGGACUUGAAGUAUUGCCGCGCAGGGGAUGGUCAUAUCCAACAAGCAGACGUCGCACUCUGCGAGGAAUCGCGUCAUGUCCUCCCACUGGGAGAUGGAGACUCCAUCCGGAGGAUGAUCAUCAAGCUGGAUAAUGCCGCGGAGGCCGAAGAGCUUGUUCAGGCCCCCCCUCGUUCAGUGACGGUCGUCCUCGUGGAGGAGCACGCUGCCUGGCGAAGCGAUGAGCAUUGCAACAUUUGCCUUCAUCGCGGCCGAAACGCCAGGAUCCUUCCCUGUCAUCACGUGAUCGGCUGUUCCAAUUGCAUGCUGGAGCUGUCCAAGGGCCCUGCUCACCGGCGCAAGUGCCCCAUUUGUCGCGAGCAUUUCUCCGAGCUGCAAGUUGCAGACGGAGUGGUUCGCUAUGGCAGUAGACUCUUCUACAGGUUGUAA